UUGUCAAAUUGUCCUACAGAAAAGUCGUUCCUUCCAAAAGUAAUAACCACUACUAAACUCAAAACAUGGCCAUGUAAGUUAUCCCAUUUUCAUAUCAACCGGAGUCAAUUACACUUUUGCCAUCAAUAAAUAUGUCUUGGGCUAUUAAAAUCGGGGACCAGACUCAUUUUAUUCAAUGUGCUAGGGAGAGUUUCGAUAAUAUCUACCUUGAUCUCUCGAAAGAGUCAGGCCGAUGCAGAUUCGCUGAAACUGGUUUUGGAUGGAAGCCAGCAGGUGGUGGAGAUACAUUUACACUCGAGAGCGGCAAUAUCGCAGGCGCGCAAUGGAGUAAGGCAUCGAAGGGUUAUGAGGUGAAGCUUUUGUUGCGCAAUUCUGAUAUCUGUCAACUCGAUGGUUUCUCGCAAGACGUCAGUACACAAUAUAUCAUUGAAUUGUUGCAUUUUGCUCAUACGUUAUAGGACUUUGAACGAUUGAAUAAAGUUUUCAAAAAUUGGUAUAGCACGAAUUUGGAACACAAGGAGCACGCUUUACGAGGAUGGAAUUGGGGCAAAGGUGAAUUUGGAAAAUCAGAAUUAGUAUUCAACGUUCAAAAUCGACCUGCGUUCGAAAUUCCAUAUGCUGAGAUCUCAAACACGAAUUUGGCAGGCAAAAAUGAAGUUGCCGUCGAGUUUGCCCUACCUGCAAAUGGCGAUGAUACAGGAUCAAACGGAGCUUUGGGUGGCGCGCGCAUUAAAGGAAAGAAAGCUGGUGCUGGAAAAGAUCAGCUUGUUGAGAUGAGGUUUUACAUUCCCGGAGUUGCGACCAAGAAGGGAGCCCGUGAAGACGGUGAGGAUUCUGGAGAUGAUGCCGAUGAGGAGGCGACUAAUGCAUCCAACCUUUUCUAUGAUACUUUGAUGGAGAAAGCCGAAAUUGGUGAUGUUGCCGGAGAUACUGUUGCUACUUUCCUCGAUGUUCUACAUCUCACUCCAAGGCAUGUCGCAUUUUUAAUGGUUUUGUGCAAGGCUAACUAUUCACAGAGGACGUUUCGAUAUCGACAUGUACGAAAGCUCUUUCAGAUUACGUGGUAAGACAUACGAUUACAAGAUUCAAUACGACCAUAUCAAGAAGUUCAUGGUUCUACCAAAGCCCGAUGAAUUACAUUUCAUGAUCUGUAUUGGUUUAGAUCCACCAUUACGACAAGGUCAAACUAGAUAUCCUUUCUUGGUUAUGCAAUUCAAGAAGGAUGAAGAAGUUACCAUUGAUCUGAAUAUGACAGAAGAAGUGAUGGAUGAAAAAUAUGGAGGGAAGUUAAGUACACAUUAUGAACAACCAUUACAUGAAGUCGUCACACAAGUUUUCCGUGGUCUUGCUGGAAAGAAGAUUAAUCAACCUGCCAAGGAUUUUUUGAGGUAUGCUGCUUUUCCCGGGAUUUGUUACACCAGUAUACUAACAUUAUCAGCCACCACUCACAAUAUGGUAUCAAAUGUUCUAUCAAAGCCAGCGAAGGUUUCCUCUAUUGCUUAGAGAAAGCUUUCAUGUUCGUUCCAAAACCCGCCACAUACAUAACCUACGAACAAAUUUCAGUCAUAACUUUCUCCCGUGUUGGCGGUGCUACUUCCGCUUCCCGUACCUUCGAUAUCGCUGUCGGACUUAAAAAUGGAGCAGGUGAAACACAAUUCAGCAAUAUCAAUCGCGAAGAACAAAAGAAUCUAGAAGAUUUCUUCAAGAUUAAAGGUCUCCGAGUCAAGAAUGAGAUGGAUGAAGAUAAUACCGCUCAUAUCGCCCUUCUUGAUAAUCCUGAUAUGCAAUCUUCGGAUGAAGAAGUAGUAGCUGCCAGAGCCGAUAGAGGAAGUGCUGAUGAGGACGAUGAAAGUGUGGAUGAAGAUUUCAAGACUGAUACUGAGAGUGACGUAGCCGAAGAAUACGAUUCAGCUCAUGAAAGUUCGGGAACUGAUAGUGAGGAGGAAGGGGGUAGUGAUGCAGAAAGACCAGCUAAGAAGGCUAAGACUAGUUAAGUCUAGCUCUAAUUUGGUACAUAUUAUUUGGUCAAAGGAAGAAAAAUUAUAGUGUCUUAUCUUUCUGCAUGGCGUUUCUACGGUAGUUGAAAAUAUGAGGGUUGGGGAAUAAAAUGCUUAUCAUGAAACUUUUGAGGGGAAUUCUAAAUAUAAGUAGUAGGAAUAUUAUGGUUUGAGGAGCAUAGUCAGAUGUGGCUGAUUAGAAGAAAAAUAAAUAUCAUUUAAUGUUCAUUU